UCUGCUUCCUGCUCUAUCUACUCCUCCGUGUCGAUCUCCGUCCUCCUCCUCCAUGGGUUUGGUUUGAUUUAUUCUUUACUUGUUUAUUAUAUUAUUAGGAGGAAGGCGACGACGCGAUCCCAAUUCCCAAGGAGGAGGACGACGACGACGCGAUCCCGAUUCCCAUGGCGGACGACGGCGACGCGGCUGCUAAGAGACGACGACGGAGAAGCACGGGCAUGGGCGGCAUGUCAGCUCUGCCGGACCACCUCCAACACGAGGUCUUCUCCCGCGUGGGCGACGUCAAGUCCCUCUUCAAGCUCGCCGCGACAUGCCGCGGCUGGCUCCGCCGCUUCACCGACCGGGCCUUCCUCCGCGAGCUGUGCCCGAGCCCGCAGCAGGGGUCAGGCCUCCUCCUCGGCGUCGUCGUACAGGACAAGUGGUUCAAUAGGAUGGACAAGGCGAUGGUGCGGGCGCGGAUGACGACGAUGGCGGCACUGCCGCAGCAGCGCGCGUCGUCGUCGGCCUUGGCGCCCGUCUUCUUGCCGGCGCUGGGCUCGCCGCUCGGCCCCACGAGUCGUGCCCUCACCUCCUUCUUCAUCGGCGGCGGCGGCGGCACCUUCGACUAUGCCGAGCCCCUAGCGGCGCGCCGCGGCAUCGUGCUGCUGUGGCUCGCGCCCCGCACGCCUGAGGAAAUGGACUGCCACCUGCUCGGCGUCUGCAACCUCGUCACCGGCGACCGCCACGUUCUCCCGCCGUUGCAGUGCAGCCGGAACGGGAAGCUUGUCGGUUGCAGACAGGUCGUCGGCUACGCGAUCAUCACAGCCGCCGACGAGAGCAGCCGGAACGGGAGGCCGCCGCCGCGUCAUCCGUGGACGUUCUCGCAGCUGCUCGUCAUCACCCAAGAUGGAGAUUGUCCCCUCAGGUUCGGCGGCGGCGCGGCGUACCUGCACUCGUACUCCGCCGCCACGCGCCGCUGGAGCACGCCCACCAGGUGCCUGGACAGGAGCGCCUUCUCCCUGGUGGACGCCAGAUCCACCGUCGACCACCACGGUGCGGCGCACUGGCUGUGCAUCGACGAUGGCCGUUUGCCCAACGCGCGCGGCGGCGGCGGCGGCGAUCACCACCUGUACAGGCUCAGCGUGGACGUGGCCACCGCGAGCGUCUCCCUGACGAGGCUCCCCGUCCGUGUCGGAGGCAAACAGCUCCUGUGCGUCAACAGCGACGGCAAGCUCGCAGUCGCCUCCGUGUAUCCUCUGCACGUGACUGUUUGGACUCAGCCAGCCGGAGCCGGAGACGACGGCGACGGCGACACCACUGCUGCGGCGUGGCCCCGCACUUCUUUUAGAAUAGCCCCGCAACAGAACGAGGACCAUGAGAGGUGGUGCAACUCGGACCAUGGAUCGUCGUCGUUGCUGGCGCUGUUCAUGGGCAGGGGCGUCUUCGUCCUCGACCUUGACACCAAGGUGAUGGAGAAAGUCUUCAUCCUCGACUUCAACAAUAAGACUAGGGAAUUGGCUGGUGAUGCUAAGCAAUAUCUGAGGUGUGUGCCCUAUGAGAUGGACUUGGUGGAGUUCUUCACGCUCCAGCUUGGUGGCAUACGAGAGCGACUUGGAACUACUACUAUCUCAGAAACUGAAUCGCCAUAAAUCUUGCUCUCUCUUUCGUGAUGAUGCUAUUUGAAAAAUCAACAAUUUGAGUUUUAUCUGCUGUUUAAUAUAUUUAUGAUUGGACAUA